CUGCUGAUGACAUGAAACAAUGACUGUGUGAGGAGCAACAGCAUGCAAAGUAAGUAAGGUAGGGAGGAAGAAGCAAAUGGUGUGUCAGAAUCAAAGUUCUCACCAAAGUGGGGGUAGAACAGAGGUUUCUACCUUUGUUCUUUGAGGAUUCAUCUACAAGUGGGAUGACAAAAGUCAUAAGCUGCAGAACAAACGCAGAUGUUCUCGUCAAGCUAUCAGAACCUUUGUUGGAUUCACCUAAAUGAUAUCUAACAGUUGUGUGACCAUCUUAUCAUGCUUUAUUUGAUGGGCAUUCACUUUCUACUUCCUUCCUUUCUCUUCCUAUCCUCCAUUCUUCUCCUCUGGUGAGUGGAUGCUGAAUGGAUUCUGGGAGGAGUGGGGAUGACUGUUGCAGCGAUAAUACUGCGGCUCAGUUUGCUCUAGGAAUCAUCAUCUUCUGUAAUACCAGUGUAAGUGGAGUCACCAGGCAUUCCAAGAGAGGCUUUGGGGAACACGAUGUAAACAAGCAAGCAAGAGAUCAUGCUUCACUGGUCAUGAACAGAGAUGUGGUGGAGUGUUGCUUUGGAAAAGAUGAGCAUAAUCCACUUUCAACUGAUCCACAGUAUGCAGCAUCUUCUUUGAGGAACACAAAUCUGCACAUGAUAAUGGAGAUUAAUUACAAGCAUAGGCAUGAGUGGUUUGCGUGUCUUCUGUCCGUUUCCUCCAUCCAUUGCUCUUUUCCCUUUUCCAAUGAAGCAUAGGCAUGAGUGUUUUGUGUGUCUUCUGCGAAGGGGGUGCAAUGAAGCCAAGGCACUCAUGGCGAAGCGUGCCAGCGUUGUCGCCGCCCCUGGCUGCGGUGGUGCUCCACCCUCAAGGAGCGUCCCCACGUGCUCCUCUGCACUCUGCAGCGCUAUAUGAAUCAAACUCCUCGGUGUGUCCAUUGCAUGACCCUCUCCUUCCCCUCCUCCCCACAGAAAACUCAUCUCUCUUUCUCUUAUGGAGGUUGAAGUCCACCACGCUCACCUCUUCCGCUCCCAACUCCUAACAAAUAGUGAAAUCAUCGGCAGUGAAGCGGACCAGCCAGGUACGUACGGGUUGCAGGAGGGAGUCGUCGCGCCGGUUGCCGAUGCUGCCGUUGCGGCGGCAGCGUCGAGGAAGCGGCCGCGCCCACCAUCGUUUCUUGGCGGUGACGGACUCUGUUACGUGCAGCAGCAGAUGUGGGACUUCGAUCGCCUCGUCUUGCAACACGCGGAGAGUGUGCGAGCGGAGCUGGCGGUCCGUCGGCAUGGGUUCGCGAGGCGGGUCGUGGCGGCGUUGGAGGAGGGCGUGUUGGAGAGGCUCAAGGCCAAGGAGGAGGAGAUCGCGAGGGUCGGGGAGCGGAACUGGGCGCUGGAGGAGCGCAUCAGGAGACUGCGGGUGGAGAACCAGGUGUGGCGGGACCUGGCGCAGAGAAGCGAGGCGGCGGCCAACGUGCUGAGGGCCAACCUCGAGCAUGCUCUCGCGGCGGCGCAGGUGAGGACGGAGGAGGAGGCUACGGCCGAAAACGCCGAGUUCUGCCGCUCCGGAACCAACGAAGAGGGAGAGGCCGCCGUCGGGAGGGGGUGGGGGACAGCCUGCCGGAGCUGCCGCGAGCGCGAGCCGUCGGUGCUGCUGCUGCCAUGCCGGCAUCUGUGCCUCUGCGCGGCGUGCGGCCCCGUCGUGGACGCCUGCCCCGUCUGCAGCUGCACCAAGAAUGGCAGUGUCCAAGUGAACAUGUCUCGAGUCCAAGAAAGGUAAAAAGUACUGCACACACGAUUAUUCUCGUUCUUUCCUCCUCCUUCCCCAGCGUCAGUAUCUUCUCCUUGGUUGAUUCUGUUUCUGUUCUUCCUAAGAAAUCAAUUUUUUCUUGGAUUAUGUAAAUAUACUUCAUGAACAUAAUAUA